AUGGGGGCUCCUCCACCUAAGACAGAGGGACCCUGGGUCCAACUCCAGAAACUUCUGGCCUCCUGGCUGGUCAGAGAGCCGGACUGGGAUCAGCAUGUGGACGAGGCCCACAUGCUGCAACAGAAGAGGAUCCAAGAGUUUCCUCUGCUCCAGGCAGCCAAGGAAAAUGACCUGUGUGUCCUGAAGAAGCUUCUGCUGGACCGAAACUGUGACUUCCGGCAGAGAGGAGCCCUGGGGGAGACAGCCCUUCAUAUAGCGGCACUCUAUGACAAUCUCGAAGCCGCCAUGGUGCUGGUAGAGGCUGCCCCGGAGCUGGUCAAGGAGCCCACCUUGUGUGAGCCAUUUGUAGGUCAGACUGCACUGCACAUAGCCAUCGUGAACCAGAACGUGAACUUGGUGCGAGCCCUGCUUGCCCACGGGGCCAGCGUCUCUGCAAGAGCGACAGGCAAAGCUUUCCGCCGCAGCCCCCGCAACCUCAUCUACUUUGGGGAGCACCCUUUGUCUUUUGCUGCCUGCGUGGGCAGUGAGGAGAUCGUGCGGCUGCUCAUUGAGCAUGGAGCUGACAUCCGGGCCCAGGACUCCCUGGGAAACACCGUGUUGCACAUCCUCAUCCUCCAGCCCAACAAGACCUUUGCCUGCCAAAUGUACAACCUGCUGCUGUCCUACGAUGGGCGCAGGGACCACCUGCAGUCCCUGGACCUCGUGCCCAAUCACCAGGGCCUCACCCCCUUCAAGCUGGCCGGCGUGGAGGGCAACACUGUGAUGUUCCAGCACCUGAUGCAGAAGCGGAAGCACAUCCAGUGGACGUACGGGCCGCUGACCUCCACUCUCUAUGACCUCACGGAGAUCGACUCCUGGGGGGAGGAUGUGUCCUUUCUCGAGCUCGUGGUUUCCUCCAAGAAGCGAGAGGCUCGUCAGAUCCUGGAGCAGACCCCGGUGAAGCAGCUGGUGAGCUUCAAGUGGAAGAAAUAUGGGCGGCGGUACUUCUACACUCUGGGUGCCUUGUACACCCUGUAUAUGAUCUGCUUCACCACCUGCUGCAUCUACCGCCCCCUCAAGUUCCGCAUGGGCAACCGCACAGACCCCCGGGAUAAUACCGUCCUCCAACAGAAACUACUGCAGGAGGCCUAUGUGACUCAGCAGGAUAAAAUCCGUCUGGUGGGGGAGUUGGUGACCAUCAUGGGGGCUGUGAUCAUCUUGCUCCUAGAGAUCCCAGACAUCUUUAGGGUUGGUGCUUCUCGAUAUUUUGGACAGACUAUCCUCGGGGGACCAUUCCAUGUCAUCAUCAUUAUCUAUGCCUGCAUGGUGCUGGUGACCAUGGUGAUGCGGCUCUCCAACAUGAAUGGAGAGAUGGUGCCCAUGUCCAUUGCCCUGGUGCUGGGCUGGUGCAGUGUUAUGUACUUCGCUCGAGGAUUCCAGAUGCUUGGUCCCUUCAGCAUCAUGAUCCAGAAGAUGAUUUUUGGAGACCUCAUGCGUUUCUGCUGGCUAAUGGCUGUGGUUAUUCUGGGAUUUGCCUCAGCGUUCUAUGUCAUUUUCCAGACAGAGGACCCAGCCAAUCUGGGGCAAUUCUAUGACUAUCCCAUGGCACUGUUCAGCACCUUUGAGCUUUUCCUCACCGUCAUUGAUGGGCCUGCCAACUACGAAGUGAACUUGCCCUUCAUGUUUGGCAUUGUCUACUUUGCCUUCACCAUCAUCGCCACACUGCUUAUGCUCAACCUAUUCAUCGCCAUGAUGGGUGACACACACUGGCGGGUGGCCCAUGAGCGGGACGAGCUCUGGAGGGCCCAGGUGGUGGCUACCACAGUGAUGCUGGAGAGGAAGCUGCCUCGGUUCCUGUGGCCUCGCUCUGGGAUCUGCGGGUACCAGUAUGGGCUGGGAGACCGCUGGUUCCUGCGAGUUGAGAACCACCACGAUCAAAAUCCUUUGCGAGUACUUCGCUACGUGGAAGCUUUCAAGGGCUCAGACAAAGAGGAUGGACAAGAGCAGCUUACUGAGAAACAACCCUCUGUUUCGGCGACUGAAAGUGGGACCCUAGCCAGAGCCUCUCUGGCACCACCCACCCCCUCCCUGUCCCGGACCACAUCUCACAGCAGCAGCCACCGGGGCUGGGAGAUCCUUCGUCGCAACACCCUGGGACAUGUGAAUCUUGGGCUGGACCUUGGUGAGGGGGAUGGAGAGGACAAUAUCUAUCAUUUAUGA